AUGUCCCGGGCGCUUGACAAGAGCACCAGAGAUGCACUCAAUGACGGGGACCAUGAAGAGGCUUUCGAUCAAAUCGCCACAGUCCUCCUUUCUGAGACGUCCGGGUCGUUACUCGAGAUUGAGUUGCUAGGAUACAGCCACAGCCUCAGUCCUGGCACAUAUUUCUUGCAAGAUGGAAACGCUGUUGCCAUUCCCAAGCUGUGGCUCGUGCAAGCCUUCGUACAUGCUCGGCGCACAUUCAAGACAUGCAAGGCUAAGGGUCCUGUGUUGUCUGAUCAAACCAUCCGUAAGGCUACGGCAGUGAUACUCCUCUUUGACCCGGAGCACCUCACCGCCGCCAACACACGGAAGAGGAUACUGGAAGAAGCGCUGUCACGCUCGGAGGACUCUGCAGCGCUGCUGAUGCGGGAGAAGAUGUUCAUUGACAGCCUACUCACGAGCCGUCUACACCGGCAUACCAAGUCACCCAACCUGUGGAGUCACAGACGGUGGCUGAUGGAGCGAUAUCGGGAGGCUGGGCUCGCCAUAGACGCGGCAGGAGAUCUGAGGACCGUCGUCUUCGUCUCAGCGGAGAGGCACCCGCGUAACUACUACGCAUGGUGUCACGCCCGACUCCUGAUCGGACUGCUCGAGUCGGACGACAAGACACGAACAGACGCUGCAGUCUCUACGAUCUUGGGAGACACCAAGAGGUGGUGUUUUGGCCAUCACAACGACAUCUCUGGGUGGAUGUUCCUCCUUUUCCUGCUCGAGUGGUGUCCCGCUGGGGUUGCUUCGGUGCUCAGCGAGACGAUGCAGCUGACCGAGUCGUUUCGGUGGCGGAACGAGUCGGUCUGGUGCUUUCUUCGCAGCAUGAUGCUGGCCGCACGUGUGGCAGGGCCGCAAGAGGAGCAGUUUUACUCUGCCUGGCAGGCAGUUCGAAAAGACACGCAGGAAGACAGCCAGGAGAGAAGAGUCUUAGACGGCGUGUCGAGCUGGAUGCAGACGUACUCUGCGAAGAAGUCGCCAAGCCAGAUGGCGACAAUGUCGGUCAGGUAG